GCAAGCUCUCCCGGUUCAUCAGACUCCAGCAUGAGGCGGCAGUAGGUUCGUGGAGACAACCACUAAUCCGAGACCAACACGCUCAAACUCGGCUGCAGCAGCUCGGAGACUCCGCGCGGUUCCCCAAUCUGGAUCAAGUUUGUGAUUUUUGUUCACGUUCUGCAGCGGAGGCAAGAAACUCUCGGGAGCUCAAAUCUGGAAUUUACGCACGGCUGGUGCGCACAGGCAGACAAUCGGGAAGAGUUAUGGGAGAACUGGGAAUCUGAACCCCAAGAGUCCGAAGGACUGGACUAACUGGACGCGAAUAACUGAAAUUCUUCUUCAUCCUCUCCGCUCAGGUGCUCAUCAUGUUCCAACACAGUAAUAACAAGAAAUGCUUCACCAUAGAGUCUCUGGUGGGGAAGGAUGCGAGCAGCCACAGCGGCGGCGGCGGAGGCAGCUCCGGGGAUGAACCCAUCCGGCCCACUGCGCUCCGCUUCCCGGACUCUCUGCACCCGGCUUCAGCCACCGGGGUCUUCGGCUCCUGCUUCCAGGGGGGCAGCGGAAGGACUUUGUUCUCUGCCGGGCCGGACAUAAUGUUGCAGGAGACCGGGGCGCACACGCAGAGCCCCGGCGGGCUCCCGCUGCACCCGCUGCAGAUCCCCCCUCAGAGCUUCUUCAGCCCGCAGCAUCGGGACGCGCUCAGCUUCUACCCCUGGGUGCUGCGGAGCCGCUUCCUGGGACAUCGCUUCCAAGGAGAGGACAGCAGUCCAGAGAACCUGUUGCUUCACGGUCCAUUCUCCAGAAAGCCCAAACGGAUCCGAACGGCUUUCUCACCUUCCCAGCUGCUGCGCUUGGAGCGAGCUUUUGAAAAAAACCAUUACGUAGUCGGAGCUGAGAGGAAGCAACUGGCGAGUGGGCUGUGCUUGACUGAGACACAGGUAAAGGUGUGGUUUCAGAACCGCAGGACGAAGCACAAGCGGCAGAAGUUGGAGGAAGAGUCUCCUGAAGCUCAGCAGAAGAGGAAGGGCAGCCAACACGUCAGCCGCUGGAGAGCGGCGACGCAGCAGGCUGGCAGCGAGGACGUGGAUGUCAUCAGCGACGACUAGACUACAGCUCUCUCUGCGCCAUCUCAUAUACACACACAAAACACAUCAUUUUGAAUUAAAAAAAAUCAACUGCAGAAUGAAACUGAACACACAUAUGAACAUGCACACACAUGCACACAGACACACAAACGCAUACACACAGGCACAGACAGCUUUUAUUGACAUGGACUGAUGGAUGUACAAUGAACCUUUCUAUCCUGGACAAUAGAAAAGGAAAAGAAAAACAGAGGGUUGUUUUCCUAGGAAAAAAGAAAACUUUCUGUCAGAUUUGGACUGACAAGGCUUUGAUGCUUCCAAGAGGCAAAAGAAGAUAACAACCUGACUUUGGUUUUGGUGCCAAACAAAGACUGUGUCCUGAAAAUUAAACAAAAAAAGACUUUCAAAUCUGCUGGGCUGCAGGUUUCUGAACCAGCUCGCAGGCAUUCUGGGAGACAGGAAGGAACCUUCCUGGAGUUUCUUCAAAAGCAUUAGUCUGUGAGAUUCUUGAUAAUCCACAGUGAAGGUGUUUGAGGCAAAGCUGCUUCCAAAACCCUCAAACUGAAAGAUUUUGAGUCUAUUGCUUUCCCCUCAAUUUUCAAUCAGGAAUGCAGAUGAUUAGAUGUGAUAAACUCAAAACUUAUUGCAAAAAUAAGUAAACCCAAUUAAAAAUGUUUGCAAGAUUGUAUUUUCCUAUCCUGUGUUCCCAUGUGCAGUUAAAUUAAAGCAGAUAGAAACAGGACUCCUUCACACUGGAUGAAGACCCUGCAAUUUUUUAAGAAGCCUGCAAGAAUGUAGAGGCUUUUAGAUGGUAAUUAAGAAUCAGUGUGCUCCCUCAUUACAGGUGAUAAAUCAUACAAGUUCUCUGAAGAUUUCAAGAAUGCACAAAACUUUCUUAUCAAAGUGGUUUAUCUGUAAGACAACAGCAUCAAUAGAAAGGGUUUUAGUCUGAGGUGGUAGGAUCAUUGUAGGAGGGUCUUGAACUCACACCAUGAAUGCACGGUGUGAGUUCAGCUGCUUAGUGAGUAGUAAGAGUGAACCAAUUGCUGCAAUCCAACCACAUUCUUAUAAACUGAAAAAAGCAUGAGUGGCUCUUUUCAUGAGGAAUGGAAACUAAAUGGAUCUGAACAAACUUGUAUGGAAUACACUUAGCAACAUGGCAGAUGACUUUCACUCUAAACCCCGAAUUUGGUAUCUCCUCUUAGUGUUGACUCAGCUAUUCAUUUCUGAAUGCAAAAUCUGAGCUGAGCUCAAUUUUUUUAGGCCUGUUGUUGCAUCCUGUCUCAAAAUCUGGAUUGUUCAGGUUCCUUUAUGGAGAGCUAAUUCAGCAGCUUUUGUUUUCCUCACCAACGGAAAAAAAAUCUGGAAUGCCAAUCUUUGUUUGAGGUAACUAUGUAAGCGAAAUCUGACAUGAAAACUACACACAAAAAAGAAAAAAAAGUGCAUGGAAAUGCAGCUUUUCAUUUCAAAACACAGCAGCAAGGACAGAAACGAGCAGGAUCCCACAUCAGUUGUCUUUUUUGGGGGGGAGAAUAUUCAUAUUUAUGUAAAAACUGGAUGAGAAAGUAUUCUAUGCAUCUAAUGUGUGUAUAUAAUGAUGAUAAUAUUAUUAAUGACAAUAUGUGUGUUUGUUUGUUUUUUUUCUCUGCAUCAGUACAUUGGUUUGUUUCUUCCAUCUGGACAGAUUUACCUCAUCUUCUCCUCAUGUAGCACUUCUUCUACUUCUACUUAGUCAGAUCUAUUUUUUCAUUCUGUUAGGACCGAAUGCACAAACUGUACAACCUCUGAGAAGAUGAAAGGAGCUUUGUACUCCCUGUGCUCAGAUUGGAGAAAUAAAAUAAAAUAAAAAAAUAAAUAAAAGAAAUACAAUUAAAAUGUUUUUUUGUUUGCUUAAUUAGUUUUUUAUAGUUGACUUUCUUUUCUAAUUUUGAUUUUUCUCUUUAGGUUGAUUUUCUAUUUAUUGAUAAAUGGAGUGACUCACAAUGUUCAAAAUAAAACAAAUUU